AUGGCGCUAGUCAAACGUUCGUUAGCUGGCUAAUGCUAACUGACAUGUUUACAGUAGCGUUUACGUUAUAUGUUGUGAUUCCUGCGGACCAUUAGAAAGGGACAACAAUGGAGCUGGUAUGGGAGGACCCUCCUGUUCCUGACACACCAUUCUUUACCAGAGAUUUCUACGAAAAAUAUUCCCUCGCACCUAACAUCAGGGAACUCUGGGCCUUUCUCCAAAGUCCUGUAGAGAAUACCAAGAUAAAACAAGGGUGUGAUGUUGGGGCUGCAAAAGCCUCCUGCUCUCCCUCCACAGAAGACGCUGCAGAGUUUAAAGACAACAGUUGCAUCAGUAAGGAAGAGUCCUUUUGUGACAGCUCUGAUAGCGAUGAUCCAUAUGCAGACAGUGUUGCGGAUGGUGAAGAAGAAUGCAAGGAUACCAGAAAAUCAAGAGUGAAGCUCAAGCAGGUUGAGAAUGAGCCUGUGCCUGCUUACCCUGAACCCAGACUGCCAUUCCCUUGUACGUCCACCCUGUCCAGCAAAGACCAGAACACAUAUCUCGGCUUUUUGAUGAGAAAGAAAAUCAGUGAUCCCCCACAGAACUUAAAAGGACGAGUAAACAAUGAAGUGAUACAGUUCAUGAGGUACCUGCAAGCUGUGGCCAAAAUGUGUGCCGAUGACUACAACUUCAUAUCACAGGGAGCUAUGCAAUAUUCAGAGGAUUUCUUCAGGGGCUGUUUGGAGUGCAUUAAGACAUUUCCUCAGUUCUACCAAAUCCAUGAGAUGACUAGUUUGACAGGGGGAACUUUCAACCCAGGGCUGAAUCUGACCUUUGAAAAACAGCUGCUAAUCAUGGGCAAUGUGGAUAUUACAGACCACAAGAUAGUGCCUGCUGAUGCACAGCUUGCAUCGGAUUAUCAAAGUGUUUCAUCAGAGAAUCCUCCAGCUAAAAAAGCUAAGGACAUGCACGCUAACAUCAGCAGGGAUGGCAAUGCAGAGAAGCUGUGUGCCCGUUAUGAGCCUCACGUGUGUCUGACUCGUGAUGCCCUGGUCAAGCUGCUGGACAACCAUGGCCCUGACUUUGGGGAGCCAUGGGAACUGCCUGUUUGGAUCAAAGUAAAUCCAGAAAAAGGCAGUAGUCAGAAGAAGACUGUGUACAUAGACUCACCCCUCAUGAAGACUGAAAUGACAGUGAGAGAGAGGAGUCACUUCUACCAUGAGGAGAGUUUGAAGCUCUCCAUCAAGAAGAAUGGAAUUAAAAAUGUGUUUCAUUUAAUGACAGAGCUUCCUGCGAAUGAGCAGCAACUCUCUGCGGAGAGCUCACAAAGAAAUCCAGUGUGUUUUGAAAACAACGGUCUUGACUUUGAGGUGGACCUUACUGACCUCGAGACAUUUGGAGAGACAACACCUAUUAAAGCCCCAAAGAAGCAGAAAAUACACAAUGAGCAGGAUGCAUGUGUUAAAACUAAAAAUACUACAAGUGCCCCAACUUUAAGUAAAAGUGAAAGGGCCAGUGAGCAUCUUGGAAACACUAGCAGCAGUUCACUAGAAGAGAUGAACACCUCAUUGAGAGUUAUGGAUGAUCCCAUGAGAAAGGAGGCAGCCCAGCCAGUUGUGAGUGAGUCCAGUGUGCCAAUGAGUGAACUGGUGAGGCAGGACUCUGCACAGGAAAGUGACCAAGACCUUGGGUUUGCAGGAGACUCUGAAGAUGAGAAGCUGGUCAUUGAUGUCUCUGUGUCCCCAGCACCUUCAACACAACCUAAGCCCAUAUCAUGUUCAUCUGACCCCCCUCUCACCCCAGUCUCUAAGACUGACCCUGUAAAUUCAGAGUUAUCUUCCCCUCAAAAAGUUCCAAGGCGUACGCGACAAUCCAAAAGAUCAAAGGCUGGCGACCAACUGGGAGAGAUCCUGCGCAUGCAGACAGCAAUGUUCAACUCUGCCAACGACACAGGCAAAUGCUCCACCAUAUCCCAGGAGACUAACUCACCCAGCCGAAACACGGGACCCUCAGUUCACUCCCAUCAAACGUCUUUGGUAAAGCCCUGUGUGUCUUCAUACUUGGAGAGAAACCAGAACCAGGACGGAGAGACGUGCACUGCCCCCCACAAAUCUGCACCAGUGGUCAACAACAACACGACAGAGCACAAAAAAAUACUGUCACAAGACCUACAGGCUAGUGCGGAGGAUGAACAAGAUUACAAGGCUCCAGAAAAGGGCAACCUACUCUACAAGCUCUACAGUCUGCAAGAUUUGCUGGUCAUGGUGCGCAGCUCUGUCUCACUGACCCAUUCGAGAAAAGUAGGCAGCGGCCAAAACCAGCAUGUGCCAGUGCAUGUCUUGCCCAAACUGGAGUACCAGAUGAGUUAUGGUGUUGAGUGUCUAACCAGCAGUGAGGCUUGCCAGCUGUGGACAGAGACAUUGCUCCACUCCAGCACAGUUUCAUACAUAGCUCACAUCAAUGCACACACAUCAAAAGUAGCUCUGCUGAGAAAGCUGCCAGACGACUGGAAACAGAAUGUCUCCUGUGGGUUCAAGCCAUCAAAGUCACUGAAUAUACUGCACCACCUAUUGAAAAAGCUAACUGGGUUAGACAAAGGACAGUACCUGAUUGUGCACAAAGCAGGGGAACCAUUUGUGACCUUAUUAAAAGCAGCUAAAGUGAGUCGGGGGUCAUACAGCCUGCAGCAGCUCCACAGCUCUGUCCCACAGCCCCCAGCCUCUGGCCUCGUGCCCUGGAUACCUGUUGAUCCAGCUGUGGUCCUACCCUUCCACCGAGCACAUGGCCGUGUCCCCUGCACCUUCCCACCAAAACCCUUCCAAAAGACGACGAGAGAUGGGUCAUCACAGUCCAACAGCUGUGGAGCUGGACAGUCAAACAACUUGAACACAGGAGGCAACACGAAGAAAAAAAAAUCAAAACGUGCGGCAAGGCGUAAGAAGUUUAUGAAAAAGCUAAUUCAGAAGUCCAUUUAAAAUCCCUUAUCAUUGGAUUUAAUAUCAUGUCAUUCUUACCAUUUCAUAUCAUAGGUUAGGUAAAUCAGAGGAGGAGCCGUGUCUGUGUUGGAAAGGAAGGGAAAGGAAAGGUUUCAUACUGGAAAUACAUAAUGAACUUAACUAUAGAUGUGACAGCUGAAGCACUUUCUACAGUAUAGAAUCUAAACUUUGUAUUUCAAUUUUGUUCAGAGAUGUUUUGUAGAUUUUGUCAUUUUGUAAUGUUUUGUAAAAACAGAGCAACAAUAAACUUUGUUCAAGUGUUCA